AACCUAUUUUCUAAUAUAUACUCCUUUUUUUUUCUCCAUUUUAUUCUUUGCAUGCCUCUUAAGAAAUAAAGAUUGAUAUGAGUAUUUGAUCAUAAUAUCUAUAUUAUUUGAGAUGUAUGUAUCCUCUUAGGUCUUGGAAAAUAAUUUCUGGAAUAACUAAUUAAAAAAUAAUUAUUUUUUUUGAUGUGUUAGAAAAAAAAGAGUUGAAAUAUAUUUUAAAAAUAUUGAAUAAGUAAAAGUGAACGAAGAAAAUAUAAAAUAAAUAUUGUAAAUAUUUUAUUACAAAAGAAUCAAACAUGAUCCUGAGAUGAAAUGAUAUCUUUGAUAUUAAAUUUAUUUUCAACUACCCCUUCAUAGAUAUCAUAUCUACCAUGCAUCAUAGCUCUAAUAAUUGUAUAUAUAGAUGUGUUAUAUCUCUUCAUUGUUGGAAUCAAAUUACUCAUAAGUGAAAAAUGGAAAAUAUGAAGAUGUUCAUAAUGUUUGUGGUGGCUGGAAUUUUGUUUUGCAGCCACCAACAAGCGGUCGUGGCAAGAGAAGUUGAGGCUGCGGCUAAUAGGAACGAGUUACAAAUAUUCCCAUGGGAUAUCCCAUGUUAUUUGCCGUGGCCAUUCCCCUGGCCAAGGCCAUAUCCAUGCCCUCCUCCACGGCCACGACCAUGUCCACCACCUCCACGACCACGCUCUCCCCCACCUCCACCACCGUCCCCAUCCCCGCCUCCUCCUGCCCCGACAACGAGCUGCUCGGCUAGUGACAAAGAAAAGGUGAAGACGUGCAUGUUCAACACAACUUCAAUUGAUGCAUGUUGUCCGACAUUCAAGAGCAUACUUGGCACUAGUUGCCCUUGCUAUAAGUAUGCUGAGGAUUUGGACAAUCAAGUCUUGAUCACUCUUGAAGCUUAUUGUGAUGUCGAUAGCCCUUGCAAGAUGAGCCCACCUCCUCCAAGCUGCUCAGCUAGUGACAAAGAAAAGGUGAAGACGUGCAUGUUCAAUACAACUUCGAUUGAUGCAUGUUGUCCAACAUUUCAGAGCAUACUUGGCACUAGUUGUCCUUGCUAUAAGUAUGCUGAGGAUUUAGACAAUCAAGUCUUGACCACUCUCGAAUCUUAUUGUGACAUUAAUAGCCCUUGCAAGGGUGUGCAAGUGAUUAAGCUAUCCAAGGAUGAUGAGUGAGGAUGAAGUGUUUAAUGCUUAUUUCCACAUCUUAUAUUAGAUUAUUUUAUGAUAAUUUCCACAUCUUGUAUUAGUUUUUCCUUGUAGCAAGACUUUUUUAAUUUCUAGGGGGACAUUUGCAAUGUUGUGUUUCAGCAAUUUUAGUAUUAAUAAAAGUAUACAUCGUGCUCCAA